ACAGUGCGCGCAGUUUUAUCGUGACGUCAGAGGGUGCUUCCUCAGUGGCGCCCCCUGGCGGGGAACGCGUGCAAAAAGUCCAGCUCUUAGGCAUGUCCAGAUCGUGGCUUAGUUGUUUACUUGUAAAAUUUCACAUAAUUAGUACCCGCAUUAAUUUCGUUGGGCCAAUUUUUAGCUCUACAACCUGGUAUUAUGUGCGGGAUUCGUUUCAUACUCCUUACGGAUGCAUCUGUGGAUGCCUUUGUGAGUGAACUUCUGGAGAGACGUGGGCCCGACUAUCAGGCCUGCCACUCAGGAUGGCUGUGUGGGCAACUGAAGUUUCUGGCACAUGGGUAUGUGCUAUGGAUGAGAGGGGAUGAUGCAACUCGUCAGCCAGCUGUCAACGAGAGUGGUGACCUGCUCCUGUGGAAUGGGAACAUCUUUGAUGGAGUCAAGGUUCCUGAUGGUGUUUCUGACACCAGUCACCUGGCGGCUCUGCUGUCCGGUGCCUCAGAGUCUGCGGUGGUAUCCACUCUGAGCUCAGUGUGCGGCCCGUGGGCGGUAGUGCUCUGGCAGUCGGCAGAGCGCCGGCUCUGGCUCGGCCGCGACCCGCUCGGCCGGCGCAGCCUCCUGUGGAACGGCUCCCCCGGCCGGCUGAACCCCGCCUCCGUAACGCUGACCUCGGUCGGUGGCCGGCACCGCGCCGACCUCACCGAGGUGCCGUGUCUGGGCCUGUUCUCCGUCCACAUCCCACCUGACUGCGAGUCGAUCGCCGACCUCCGGCUGCGGCUGCACCCCUGGAGUCACGUGACGGUCCCGGACGCGUGGCGGCCGUCUGUGGCGCCCGGCCCGCCGCUGGAGAGCCCCGCCGUGAUGACUGUCAACCCAGCGGUGCCAGAUGAUGAACUCAGAACACUUCUCGACGCUGGUGGAGGCCUGGAAGAGGCGGAGCGUCUGCCUGGCAUGGCGGCCGCCAUGGAGCGGUUCGAGGCGGCCAUGUUGGCGGCGGUGAGGCGCCGGGUGGGGAACAUGCCGCCAGUAUGUGCCAGCUGUCUGCAGUCCGCUGCCGCCGCGGGAAGCCGCCCCGCAGCCUGCCCCCACCCACGUCUGGCGGUGCUCUUCUCUGGCGGCGUGGACUCGAUGUUAGUUGCGGCGAUGGCCGAUAGAUGUCUCCCCGAUGACCAGCCCGUGGAUCUUCUCAAUGUGGCGUUUGAACGGCCGAAACAGGCACAAACACCGAGCAAAGAGGGGAGAAGUAGAAAAGCUGGCCGUGGCCGGCCGACUGUCUCAGGGACGACAGAGACGGAGGCAGAGACGCCGUCCGAGUAUGACGUGCCCGACCGAGUGACGGGACGGGACGGAUGGCGGGAGCUGCAGACGAUCAACCCGCGACGACGGUGGAACUUUGUUGAGGUGAAUGUGACCGCCGCGGAGCUGUCUCGGUGGCGGGCGGCGCGGGUCCGCCAUCUCAUCAGUCCCCUGCAGACCGUGCUGGACGACAGUAUCGGCUGCGCGGUGUGGUUCGCUGCCAGAGGUGCCGGAGUACUGGCCGGGGACGGGCCCGGCCGCCGGCCGUACCAGACGCAGGCCAGAGUGGUGCUGGUGGGUAUGGGCGCCGACGAGCAGCUGGCCGGGUACGGGCGGCACCGCUCAGCCUUCCGAGACCGCUCCUGGCCUGGUCUGGUGGCAGAGAUUCAGACUCAGCUGCUUGCCAUCUGCGAGAGGAACCUCGGCAGGGACGACAGGGUCAUCAGCGACCACGGCAGGGAGGCGAGGUUUCCGUUCCUGGACGAGUCGGUGGUCAGUCUGCUCAGCUCCCUGCCCAUCUGGCUGAAGGCGCAGCCGGGGCCCGGCUGGAGCGGCUGCGACAAACUGCCCAUCCGCCUACUGACCGCCCGCUGCGGGGCCCCGGCCGCCGCGCGGCGCACCAAGCGCGCCAUCCAGUUCGGCAGCCGCAUCGCCAAGCUGGAGAGCAGGACGGAGAAGGCGGCCGACGUGUGCGACAGGCUGAUGGAGGCGCCGGCGGACGGCGGAGACGGGACAGUACGGUCGGAGCGGGUGACAGUCGAGUCACACGGCGGUGAGAUCCCAAACCAUCCCACGCUUGCGGUAGUUGAGAAGUUCCUAGACCACACAGAUCUCGCCAAACUAUCUCUAUCCGAACCCGGUGGCUGUGAUUCCAAUAGUACGGGGAAACCUCUCCCUGUGACGCAUGUCACGAUCAUACAGAACAGAAAUGACGGCAUGUUGUAGUGUUUUGAUUGCAUGCUGUGCCUUCCGAUCAUGUUGUUAUACGCUUAUUUCAUACAUCAUUUACGUGCUCAAUAUAACAUGUUUUUGUGGUA